AUGUCGUUCCAGCUACAGAACUCCGAAGUGUUGGCACGCUUGAAGCCGUUCGGGAUUCUGUUUGAGAAGUCUCUAACUGACCUAAUAAAGGGUAUACGAGGCCAUUCGAAGGAGUCGCCAGAGAGCCUUCUGCAGUUUUUCGACACCGUGAUUGUGGAAUGUAAGAAUGAGCUUGCCACCUCGGACUUGGAAACAAAGGCCAUGGCCAUCUUGAAGCUCACGUACUUGGAGAUGUAUGGGUUUGAUAUGUCGUGGAGCAAUUUCCAGAUUUUGGAAGUGAUGGCAUCGUCCAAAUUCCAACAGAAACGAAUAGGCUACUUGGCGGUGAUCCAAUCCUUCAAAAACGACCAGGAUCUUCUUAUCUUAGCCACCAAUCAGUUCAAAAAAGACCUCAAUUCAUACAACCACACGGAAAUUGGCCUUGCUCUCAGCGGCAUUGCGACCAUUGUGACUCCAAAUUUGGCCAAAGAUAUCAACGACGAUGUGGUGAUGAAGCUCAGCCACUCCAGCCCUUACAUACGAAAGAAGGCGAUGUUGGCAAUGUACAAAGUCAUUCUUCAAUACCCAGAAAGUUUACGGGCCAAUUUCCAAAGAAUCAUCGACAAGCUCGACGACGAAGAUACCGCCGUUGUCAGUGCAACGAUAAACGUUAUCUGUGAAAUCAGCAAGAAAAACCCAAAUAUCUUUGUUGGUUACCUUCCAAAAUUCUUCUCCAUCAUGAAUAACACCAGCAACAAUUGGCUUGUAAUUCGCAUUCUCAAGCUAUUCCAAAGCUUGUCUAAAGUCGAGCCCAGAAUGAAGAAGAGAAUAAUGCCGUCUAUAGUCGAGCUCAUGACGAAGACUAAUGCCUAUUCGUUGAUCUACGAAUGCAUAAACUGCAUAGUUAGUGGUGAUAUGCUCUCUGCUGACUCCUCAAGAGACCAAGAAACGGGCAAGCUAUGCCUCGAUAAGUUGUUGCUGAUGUUUGCCAAAAGUGAUUACAAUUUGGUAUUCGUGGGCCUUUUGACAAUGUACAAGAUUCUCAAGAAAUUUCCAGCUUUAAUCGACGAUGGAGCUGUCAGAAGCUUUGUGUUGGCUCACUUGGGCGGAAACGAUAUCAUCAUAAAAGAGAAGGCACUAGAGUUGUGCGAUCUACUUGUGAAUGAAGAUAACAUAGGAGAAAUUGUGAAGAAACUACUCUUUCAACUUAUGCCUCCAGAAUCAUUGGACGGUAAACCGUCCCCUAAACUGAUACCAGAACGCUUGAGGGUUAGCAUUGCCUCCAAAAUUGUGUCUAUUGCUUCAUCAAACAAUUACUCCAAUAUCCCCAAUUUUAAGUGGUAUGUGGCUGUUUUAAAGGAUAUUUUUAACUUGUCAUUGUUCCCAGAAUCUCUUGUUGCAGACAACCUCAUAUCUUUCGAAUCAACCAAAACUAUCGCGAACCUUAUUGGAAAUGAAUAUGUUUCCCUUUGCAUAAAAGUACCAUCACUUCGUCCCACAAUCUUGAAUCAGGUUAUUAUAGAUGCUACUCAAGAUACGCGGAUUUUGGAGGUAUGCCCGGUUUUUUUGAAGUACAUUUAUUGGAUUAUCGGCGAAUAUGUCGAUGAAAUCGAAUACGUUGGUUAUGAUGAGGAAGAUGAAACAAAGGUGGAAAGUCUUGGGCUGAAGCUUUCGUCUCAAGUGUCGAUUUUCAACACCUUGGUCAAUUGUCAGAUCGAUAUUUCAUUGAAGCGAACUUCCAAGAAACACUUUCCGAUAUCGGACAAAUUGAGAUUCCUUGCUGACUCUGAUGUGUUAACACUGCUUAUCCAAGCUCUAGUGAAGCUUUACAGUGGUAUUUUGAACACUUACCUCACAUUAUAUGGUGUCAACGGGAAACUUCCUCGAGACAAGUUUAUUCAAAUGGCCUAUUUUCUUUCAAAGUUGAUCAAUUUCUUGAGUAAUUUCGAGCAACAUUACCAUUAUGAGGUACAGGAGCGUAGCUUGUCAUGGUUGGAGUUUUUGAAACUAUGCUUAGAGGCUAUGAUGGGCGGAGAUUUGGCACCCAUAAGAGAGUUGGAACUUGAAGACCUCGAGUACUACAAGAAACUCCAGGUCAGCGAGGAACUUGAGCAAGAGCUUGAUCUGGAGAAUAGCAGCGACAGUGACUCUGACGAGAAUCUCAUCUCUAAUAUGUCUCUGAACGAGUCAGUGCAAUCGGAAGAACCUGAAGUGAGUGUUCUUGCCACAGACGAUCUGGAAACGUUUGAAUUGGCAGCUGAGGGCCGGGCCCUUGCUCUAUUGAACGACCUACAAUCGGAGAGUGGAGCAAAACCAGAAACGGCUAAUGAGUUGGAAAGUAUACCCAUGCUUUUGCAUCCAAUUCUAUCGUCUAUGCUCAAGUCACACGAGAUACGGCCUGUGGCUAAAAACUCACAGAGCAAUGUUCCUUUCCCUGAAGAACUUGAUCUUGAGAGACAAAUCGUGCACUCCGAAGAAUUGCAAGGAUUUGAAGAUGAAGCCGAAGAUGAGCUUUAUGAUGAUACUUAUAUCGAAGAACAGCUGAGCAGUGAGCAAAACUCGAUCUUGCCUGAUUCUGAUGUUGAACGUGAAGAAGCUAGGAGAAAGAAAGAGCGAGCAGCUCGUUUGCAAGAUGACCCAUACUACUUGAAGUCCGACGAGAAGAAGAGUAAGGUUUCGGCAAAACGCAAACCGAAGCCACUGAGUCCGUCGCCAGAUCAGACUCGUUCUCCACUGCUUCUGUCUUUGGCUGAGAUUGGUGAGUCGAAGCGACCUAAGUCGCUCAAGUCAAAGGUUUUGAAGAAGGAGAAAGUCAUGGUUCUUGAUGACGAGGUUGUUGGUAAUGCAUCUCCAGCACCGGAAGAACCAGUGAUCAAAAAACCACAAAAAAAGACGGCAAAUGUGUUCAAGAUUGACGCUUCGAACUUGGAAGGGUUUGACCUUGAAUCGUCCGCGAAAGAAACCACACCUGGAGUUGACGAGUACAACAUAGAUUUGGACGCAAUUCGAAAGCUGUUAGCGGAGGAUGUGGAAAAGAAGCUGAAGAAGAAGUCGAAGAAAUCGAAAUCGAAAUCUGAUACGAAAACGGACGCUGGAAAAUCUACAAAAUCUACAAAAACUGAUUCAAAAGCGGAUAAGUCUGAAUCUAGGGAGGAACUGGUUAGCAACGGUGAAGGGCCAGGAACUGAGAUAAAGACCAAGAAGAAAAAGAAAAAGAGAGCCGUCAUAGCAGAUUAA